AUGCGGUUCCAGACUCUACUUCUGCUGGCGGCCUCCGGCGGCGCAACAGCCGCAUCCCCGCCCACUCGGCCUACUGUGACUGUAUCCUCCGGUGUCAUUCAUGGAGUAUCGACCAACCUCCCUAAGAAAGGGGCGACGGUGAACAAAUUCCUCGGUGUGCCGUACGCCGCACCUCCGGCCCGGUUCGAACGACCCACUUUCCCGGAGCCGUGGAAGAAGCCUUUCAAAGCCACCAAGUUCGGCCCUGCAUGCUUACAGAACUUUGGCCUCAACGAAAUCGCCCCUCGAGUUGAAGUCCUCCAAGAGCUCUUCAACACCCCCAAGCCACCCGAGAGCGAAGACUGUUUGAGCAUCAACAUUUUCGCACCGGUAGCAACGCUGGCAAAGGCUCCACGUGCGGUUCUAGUCUUCAUCCCCGGCGGGGGCUUCCAGCUCGGAUCCGGCAGGUCUGACCUAUCUGCCUUUGCGGCAUACGAAGACAUCAUCGCCGUCUCCUUCAACUACAGGACAAACGUCUUUGGCUUUCCUUCUUCACAAGACAUCCCAAUUACAGAGCGCAACCUCGGUCUCUACGACCAGCGUCUGGCUCUGGAAUGGAUCCAGCAAAACAUCGCCUCCUUUGGCGGCGACCCAAGCAAAGUCACAAUCUGGGGCGAGUCCGCGGGCGCCUUCUCCGUCGACUUCCACCUGAAGGCCUACGCAAACGACCUCCCGCUGCCAUUCCGCGCAGCGAUCCCGUCUAGCGGGCAGACGAGUUUCGGGUUCGCCGCUUUGACGCCGAACCCGAGAGACGACAGCGGAUGGCUGGCGCUCGCGGAGGCGGUGGGAUGCAAGACCGGAUCCGACCUCCUGAAGUGCAUGAAGAAGGCCUCCUCCAAGAAACUCGUCGACGCCAUGUUCAAGCAGAAGAUCAGCUUCAGCCCCCAGCUCGACGGCGUGACCGUCCUCGGGAAACCGGCCGAGCUCUGGAGGACAGGCCAGGUCGCCAGGGUCCCGAUCCUCACGGGCACGAUAUGGGAGGAGGGCCGCGCUCUGGUGAACGACAAGGUCAACUUGACCACGUUCCUCGCCGUCUACCUCCCUUUUCCUCCGAUUUACAAAGAGACCACCGACGCCAUCGUAGCAGUGUACCGCUCCGACCCCCGCCUGAAAACGGACUUUGACAUUGCAGCGGCUAUCCUGACGGACUUCUUCUGGGCCUGCGUCCGUCCUUCCCCCUAUCUUCUCUUCCGUUCUAGAAUCCGUGAGCCAAAAAGAGCUAACUAA